UUAAAUACUUUUCGGCUGUUUAACAAAAUGAAUUAUGAAUAUUGUACAGUAAAGAAUACAAGAGCAAUAAAAAGACGAAUGUAAUUAAAAAUAGUAAAUUAAAAAACUUUAUUUCAUAUAAGUGUGAAGCCUUGUGUAUAUACAGUUAUAUCCGACUUUCGGUGAUUCUGUAUUCGUUUUGUACAGUGUGUGAUCAGUGUGAAAUGGAAGGAGAAGGAGAAAUGGUUGGAAAAUUAUUCUCGGAAUAACAAUACAAUUACGCAUUGGUGCAACAAUAAUUGUCUAUGCGGGUCGUCGUUGAGAAAAGCAUCAUGAGAUUCUCUCAUGCUUUUAAUGUUAAAUAUCGCCAGUUACUUUGAGUGCAGAAUCAAUAAAUCAUUGCGGGGAAAAGGAGAGGCGCAUCCAGCGGAGAAAUUUUUUUUUACAGAAUUCUGGGAAAAUUUUGUUCAUUGUGAAAGGAGUAAAAGACUCAUCUUUGAAAAUAAUGGUGUCGUAUUAAUGACAGACAACACGUCUUGCAGAUGAGUGUCUCUUGAAAGAAUGAAAAGACUUUUCUGUUCAGUGAUCUGUUACAGGAAGUAAAUGACAUUUGCGAAACGAGAAAGGCGUAUUCAGGUUGUGGUCGUCAGAAGCACGUUGCAGGGAACGACAAGUGUCAAUGAGACAGACGAUUAGGCACGUGUGACCGCAUUUUCCUCAAGUUCAUAAUGCGCUGCAAACCUGAGGAGCCUAUUCGCGUAAGUGGACUAGAAUAAAUUAGGAGACAUGCCUCAUGGCUGGAGGCAACGACCACAUCAAACAAGGUGGAAGUUUCGUCAAAACGAAUGUUUGGCUGCAAUAUCAUCGUUAUCGCGAACCGUGUUUCAUAUUUGAACCCCCUGCAAGUGAAGGCUUUCAGCGUCGUCAUCAGAAAGAGAAAAAUCGUCUCGCUUCACGAAGUAUUGAUACAUUACAAGAAGAUAUUUUCCGAAUAUUUUCGGAGUCUCUUCAUUGUGAUCUGAAUAUACUAAUCGGACAUGAAGUGAUUUGCACAAAUAAAUGUAUUAUUAAAAUCAGAUCACCGUUCUUUUAUAAAGUAAUUGAACCGUUCUUUGACUACAGUGAAGAAAUCAUCGCUUGUUGUCUUAAUGCACCAGGAAUAUUUCAGCAAAUCGAACGUUUUGUGAGGCUUUUAUACACAAAUUUUGAAGUUUCACAAGAAGAAAAAUUACUAGUACAACUCAUUUUGAGUGUCACUUGUAAAUUUGAUUCUUCAAAACGGUCGUACACUGAUGAAAUUUCCAACGAAAAAGAAAGGAAUCAGAGGAAAGUAUAUCAGGAAUGUAAAAUUCUGUCUGGUUGCAAUGAAAGGGGCGACUCGAUAGAUGUAAUUUCCACGUCGUCCGAUAUGGCAGACUCAGGAUUAGAAACGGGGUCAGUGAGUCCUCAGGAAACUGACAAUUCCGGCACUGAAUUUGAGGAGUCUCAAGGUGUAGAAUUCACCUCAAUGGAUGAGGACCUAAGCAAAGUCACUUCAAACGAAUUAAGUGAUGCAACCUUCGAAUCAAUUCACUUUGAAAAAUGCCAAUAUAAAUCAAGACUCAAUCAUAAUAAUAUAAAGAAGCAAACACCAAAUUAUGACGCAACUGGCUCGUCGUCGGAGGCCGAACAACAACAAUGCGAAUCUUCCGGUUCGUUUGAAGAAAAUGCACAAAGAUUGGAUCGCGUUGAAGAAAUCUUCCACUACGAAAACAGAGAUCCCUUCUAUGAAUCAGAUGGUAGUGACAAUAACAAUCAGGACAAUUCUCCAAUGCCCUCGGACUCUUUCGAAUUCGUAGAACCUGAGAAUCUUCCUUCCAUUGAUUACAACAGUGAAGAGAAACCGGAAAAUUACAAGGAAUUCGAAUCGGAGGAGAGUAGUGAGAAGGAGAAGAAAUCUGUUGAGAAUUUUCCACGAACGAGUGAAUCGAUUAAAAGCAGUACUACCUCAGUGAAUAGUUAUUUCUUCAUAGACGCUUCGAGUUUGAAUGACGAUGUCUUUCCUCCGUCCGGAAACUCUGCUAAUGAACGUAGUGACAGUUUACCGCCCUAUUUUUCUCCUUCUGACAAUUACGUUCCCUCGAGAAGGAAAGACGAUUUAGCGAUGAAGGAUAGAUUAUUCACAAACGUAAAAUCGUGUAAUUCGCAGAGUGAACAAGUAUUUACGGAGUUGAAAAUCAAUGAAUUUCUCAAACCCCGGUCGGAGCCGAAGAAAGUGAAACGAGUGGACCAGGCCUUCGAGGAGAAAUUAGAGAAGGAGACGGUCAAGGAGGCUCUUGUCGUUGAAAUCAAGGAAGCGGACAGCGGCGAAAGUACUCAACCUUCCCCUUGUCCCGAUAACACCAAAAUUGAUCUGCAUAUCGAUAAUCAACAGAAAGGAGGCAAAUUCGAAGAAAGUUGCGAAAAUCAGUACGGAAAGUCCAUUGGAAUGUCCAUCGAAAUGUCCAUCGACAUAAUCGAUAAUCAAGUAGUUGAGAAAUUGGAAGAGAGUAAUCAGGUCGAUGAAGAUCGGAGACCUUCGCUCAUCAGGAGAAACACCUUCGAACUGGACUCGAACGACGAGAAACUCUCGGCCCUGAGACAGGAGUACGAGAGACGUCAGGGAAGCCUCGUAUUUCAAAAUUCCAUUCCCCAGUACUCUGGACAUCGAGUCGACAACGAUUCCUGUUACGGCUCGCCUCUUCACUCGAGUUUAGGUCCGAUAAACGACAAUUUCUCCAAAACAAACGAUUUCUCUAAUAAAGUAGAUCAUGAUCACGCCGAAAGAGAGACAAAUUACUUUUCAAGAUACGAUGAUAUCUUUCCAAUGCAGAGGAGCGCGAGUGACAAGAAUGUCUCAAAUUCCCAGGAGGAUCUGUCGGAGAAUUGUCAGAGUUUGCCAGUGGCACUGAACAGUAUUUUGACGCGUGACGAAUAUUUACUUCGACGAUCAUCUGCUCGCGACGAUUCAAUUUCCGGCGGUGCCAGUACUUCCGAUUCCAGACAGAUUUCCAGUCCGUCAGUUCGCCGGAAAACCGAAUCAACUCCAAUUGUCUCCGGCGGAUCCGUUUUUCCGAUUCUUCCCGAAUCGGAGACAAAAGUAAAAUCAAGAAUGUCUUCCUCAAUGACCACGUGGGUUGUCGACAUGAGUUCGGGCAAGAAAGUAAAGAGCAGAGAAAUGUCACAAAGCUUUUCCUCUUCCGAUUGUACCCAAAAAUCUGUAACAAGAAAAAAGACACAUGAAAAGCAAGCGAGUUUUGGUUUCUUCGUGGAUUUCAACGACAUGAACAUGAAGGAAAAGGAACCGAAAGUUACCCAACCGAAAAAAAAGGAAAACGAGAAGCAGUAUUGUGAAUUUUUCAUCGACAUGUCGGACAGUGAUGUUUCGCUUAAUUCCAAGAAGUCGUCGCCACGAGUGCAAGAAAAAUCGAGUGUUAAGAAAAAUUCCAUAGACCCAAAUUCAAUUGCAACGAGUGAUAAGAAAAAUUCCAUAGACACGAAUGAUAAGAAGAAUAUAUUUUCAAUGUUCAUUGAUUUUAAGGAACCGGAGAAAACCGGAACGAAUUCCGGUCCAGAGUGGCGGCUAAAAUCCAAAGAGAAUUUAACUGGACUGGGAAGGAAAAAAUCGGUUGAAAAAGAGACGGAGAGCAGUAGCACUGACGAAGCUUGUUUCCCAACCGAAGAACCGAAAGAAAAUCAAAGAGAAAUAAUAGAGAAAAACAAAGGGGUUUUUAUGUUCAUUCAAUCCGACUCGCCGGUUGUACGGCGAAAAACUCUCUCCAGCUCGCGAGCGCCUUUCAAACGUCACUCGUGGAAUACGGACAAAAGUCAGGAUGAAAAUUCGGGAAACAAUUCCGGAAGCAUUGCCACAAACGGACCGGUAAAGUCCAUUCUUUUCCGCAAGGAACACAAACGAACACAAAGUUGCUCCAUAGAUCGGAAAGAAGUCCGAAAAUUCCAGGGAAGAGCGAGCAAAUCCAGCCAUUCGCUCAGCGAAGCCGCCCAAGUGAAUUCUGUGAAUGGAAUCACAGAGAACAGCAGAAAUCUCGACACUUCGACAGAAGAUGUUUUCGAGUACGACAUUCGUGAUACGCCACCGAAUUCGCACAUUGAAAUCAUCAACGAGGACAUACGAAUGAGCGUCAAACACAAUAACAUCCAAGAAAAUCCGAUCACAAAAAUUUCAGACGACGAUUCUUCGAAAAUUUGGAACAAAAGUACAGAAGUGAAAAAGCGAAAGAGUGAGACGUUUGAUAUCAGCAGUGGCAGUGGACCUUCGCCGGGAAGUGAAAUCCAAGACUUCCAAUUGACAGAGCUUCUCAAUGGAGAUGUGCCGAAGUUUAUUGACAGAACGCCGUUGAUUGCAUCCGGUGCGAAGAUAUUUGAGACCCACAAGUCGUUGAAUGAGAAGAUCAAGAGAAUCGAGAGUGAAUUGAAGGGACCUGAGUUGUUUGAUUUGAAGCAGAAGGAGGAGUCGAAGAUGAGUGGCGAUUUUGUACGACUUUCGGACUUGGAUAGUACACCGACGAAAUGUGCGACGUCGAGUGUGACUUUGGUUAAGGAAACUGAAACCUUCAAGCAUCGGAUGAGUAACAGUAUUCCAGAGACGUCGUGGAUUGAGAGUAAAUUAGUGAUUACGAGGACUAAUGGACCAAUGAAGACGAGACCAAGGCAAUUGUCGUGUCACAUGAGUACAUCUCUUCCGUCGAAGCAAAAAUCACCUCUAGAGGAUUUGACCAGUGAAAGGGAUGUCGAGGGAAUUAUUUCCGAAUCGGAUCUCAGUAGUAUGCAAAGUAGCAUGGGACGAUCUGGAGCUGAAGGAAGUACUGAAGAGACGGAAACUUCUAGUUUUGCUGGUGCAAAACCGUACAAUAGGCUCGGAGAGGAUCUCCUGCGAAUGUUUUUGGAGGAAAUUAAUCCAGAUGUUACAAUCGACGUAGCUGGGCGUAAAAUUAGAGCUCAUAAAUGCAUUUUGAGUUCUAGAUGUCAGUACUUUGCUGCGAUUCUUAGUGGAGGUUGGAUUGAAAGUACGGGGAACAUUAUAUCUUUACAAGGCUAUUCUUACAACGCAGUUCAUUUUGCAUUGUGUCACAUAUACAGCGGCGAAAGCAACAUUCCGGACACAAUAAGCAUUAUGGAAUUGGCGACAUUAUCGGACAUGCUUUGCCUGGAAGGUCUUAAGGAAGUGAUAGGUUACACUCUGAAAGUUAAAUAUUGCCACUUGUUUCAUAAACCUUGUCAAGUCUGCGCCGUGGGAGUUUUGGAGUGUAUGCCUCUUGCUGCAGCUUACGGAUUAGAUGAAUUAUACCGAAAAUCCUUGAAGUGGGUUACUCGUCAUUUCGUGAGAAUUUGGCCUUGCAAAGCUUUCGCUACUUUGCCCAGGGAACUCAUGGAUAAAUGUUAUCAUCAGCAUAUUGUUCAUAUGUCGCCAGAAAAUGUGCUGCAAACGGUAAUGGAUUGCGACAAAUUACUGGCAACUUUACCAAAUGUUCGUUGGGCCGAACCAGUUUUUCGAUUAGUUUCCGAUCUUCUUGAUACUUCGGUGAAAUUUUUGUCCGACAAUUUUUCUGGAGUUUUAGGCAGCGACAGUUUCCAAGCAUUGGGAAAAGAUUUAACCUGGAAUAUUAGUCGUUUAGAAGAUAAUUUCCUUCUAGCUGCUGAACGACUACCUCCCGAGCAAGCUUGCAGAAGCUAUUCGAAACUCGACAAAAUGCUGGCAACGUCUCAAGCAGAUGAUUUAGAAUUGAGACUCAAAUGUGGACCUCUAUUCAUUGAUUUUCUUAAAAGAAUUCAAAGUCGUGUGGAAAAAUGUUUAGUGCGAGAAGCUGCGAGGGCAUCGAGAACUGCAACGUGGCUCAAGAUGGACCUCGAAUUACGACGAAGAAUACAGGAGUUGGCUUGUCUCGUGAUUCUACCUCAUGAAGCCACUAAGCGACAGUCUAGACAUUCUAAUUUUCUUAAAGAUAUGAAAAUUGCUCCUGGUAAAUUGUCAACAAAUCGAAGUCUAGAUAUAAAGAAAGUGAAGACGGCAAUUACGGAAUAUAAUGGAAAGAGUGUAAAAUCAACGACAACGAUACAGCAAACAAAACGAGUAUUUAAUAAACCAAAAACCGAUCCUCUUGAACGAAAAAUGCAAGAGGAAAAACCACCUGCAGACAAUCCACUGAGGCCAAAAUCUUGGCCUAAUAAAAUUGAGGUAAAGUCCCGAUAUUUAGAGCCAAGAAACAAGUCUGCAACAAAAGGACCCGCAGUGCCGGUAAGUCAAGAAAAAGUACUAACUCAGAGAAAGAAGAUAAUGAUUUCCUCGUCGGACUCGUCUAGAACCUCGAGUCCCGCGAUGAAACGUGCAAUCGAAAAGAAACCUGUAAAUAAAAUCAAAUUACAAAUAAAGAAAGACUCGAAAGCUCUCUCAUCCGAUAGUCUUGCCAAUUCGAACGCACCACGAACGAAUAACAAGAAGGAAAUAAUCAGCAAGAGUUGCGGAAUCACUAGACCAGAGUCGCCAUCAUUAAAGCUAAAAAAUGUCGAAACUGUGGCUCUCUCAGUGGCAUCUCUAUCGGAUCAAAAAACAAAAACAACUGUUGUAAAGAAAUCUACAAAAAUGGACACCUCAAUGUCCACAGACAGUUUAGCGACUGAAAAUACAGGAACUCCGAAAUCCACAAUUUCCAAUAAAUUAUCACCAACCUUAAAUCGGGGCCUUAAUAAAUUUCAAGUCUACGAUCGUUCCAAGAAAUUCUCACCACCAAUGCCCUCGAAAAAUACGCCAUUGACUCGAAGACCUGGCCGAUCGUUGGAGAGUUCAACGACGGCAAGUCGAAAUAGAGCCGCUGCCGCCGCUGCCUCUGCAAACGCUUAUCACGGAUCUCCAAAUCUUCGACGAAAUCUUCUCGACGCUGCAAAAACACCGGACAUUCCUGUAAAACCAUUCAGCAAUGUCGCUCCGCGCACAAUCACGAGGCACACUGUACAAUCGGCAAACACAGCUUUCAACGCUAAACGCGAUAAAAAGGAAUCGCUCUCUAUAAGUGUCGACAGUCCCGGACGAAAGACAUCGACAAAAUUGAACGCCACUCCUAAAUUAAGUAGAUUAUCUACUGUUGGUAAGAAGAAAGGAACUGAAGACAAAGGAAAGCCCAAGAGCGAUGCACCGAAAUUGCUUACCGUUGGUUCUAGGUCGGGAACCUUCCUGAAGGACGAACCAACAAUACUUAAGAAAGCGGACAUUAAAACCUCACAGAUAGAUAGUUAAUUCUAAUUAGUGAGCUUUCAAAGCGUAAGAAUAUUUUCCAUAAUAUUAUUAUUGCCAUUAGCUUCGUUAUCUAAGUAUUUUUACUUUUUUCCUUCAGUUAAUUUUUGAAAAAAGAUCAUUUUGUUUCGAAAACUCCGGUUUCGAAAUCGUUACAAAAUUGAAAAGAUUUUAUUUUUAUUCUACUAAAAAGGGGCGCGCGUGAAUAUCCCAUAAAGAUUAUUUGUUAGAAUAUUUUUGACGCGUUCCGAAUAAAAAUUUGAGGUUAUGUUAGUAAUUUUUGGAAUGAAAAUAGGCAAAGAGGAUCAAGUUUCAAUAAAAGCGACUAAUGUUAAAGUCUUCAUUUCAUCUAAAAUAAUAAAUAAAAACUGAUUUUGGUUUUAAAUUAAAUACAGAAACUUUCAACUAAGGCAAAAUUAAUACAAACAUAACCUUAAAAUGAUUUCCUUCUCAGGUACUUUUCUUCGGAGCACGUCACAUUUAUUAAACACAAUUUUAAUUUGUAUGUAAAUUUUAUUAGUUUAAAUUUUUUAUAAAAUUAUUUUUAUAGUCAGUUUUAGAGAGGAAAUCAAUAGUCAGAAAAUAUUCGGAACCUUUUUGGAUUUAUAAAUCCAAAAUAAAAUAAAAUUUAUAAAAUCUAUGAAUUUUUAAAUCCAUCCGUAAUUUUGUAGAAAAUGUUUUUGUAUUUCCAAAAAAAUUACCGAAUGAAAAAAAUGCAAAAGGAUUUUUUUGUCGUGGAUUUUUCAAAAAUCCUAAAAUUGCAACUAAAUUAUUAUUUUCUCGCCUCGGAAGCAAUUUUUUUUUUCUAAAAAAAAAAUUAUUGAUUUCCUCGACUUGGAUCUUUUGGCAAAUAUUUUAAAGGACUUCCAACUUUAAAAUGUUUAUUUUAAAUUUAGAAGUAAUUUAAAAUAAUUUGCAAAAGAAAACAUUUUCAUUGAAUAAACGUUGGUAACUUCAGUUUCAUAAAAUUCGGACAAAUGAAGAUUUCGAUGGAAUAGAAAUUCUAAUUUUUAAAAAUUCGAUUCACUCAAAUUCUGCUGAAUGAUAUUUCUUCUAAAUUCAAAUACGAUUAGAUUACAUUUCUUUUAAAUCAAAAAAAGAUUAUUAAUUAAAACUUCAGUCAAUUGAAAAUUGUGUUAAAUAAAAAUUCGGUGAUCUCAUGUUCAGUUUUGUAAAAUUAUUACUAUGUAAAAAUUUCCGUUACUAAUUCUUGAAUAAUUCUGAACUUCUGUUUGAUAUUCUAACUAAUAAUUUCUAUAUUCAUGCGCAACGAUUUCCUAAUUAGUAAUUAAGAAUUAAGUUAUUAAUUAAAUCUUUACAAUUUUUGACCUACAAUUUAACAGAAUUCAAGAUUAUAAAAAUACCAUAAUUAAAAAAAAUAAAAAUAUAAUUCUGCCGGUUAGAAUUAUAUUAUCAAAUUAUUUUCAUCGCAAUCAGUGAUUCUUGUUAAUUUUUCCUUUCAUUUUUUUGGUUUUAAAUCGAAUCUGAAUAUUUUUUUGUACUCUAAAUUGAAUAUUAACUAAAAUACUCUAAUUUCGAUUUAAUUUGUAUCUGGAGAUUUUUAGUUCGUUUUGAAAGAAUUUAUUUUGGAAAAAAGUGAAAAUACGGAUCGUUUAAUGAAAAUGGUGGCAAAUGAAUUGUGGAGAAUUUUCAUCAAAAACUAUUGUAUGCCUUUGUACCUUGCAUUAGUGAUCAGCGAUUGAAGAGAUAUUACAAAAGGUGAUUAUUGAAAAGAGAAAUUAAAAAAAAAUCAUUAAAUAUUAAAGUGAAAAAUAUAAUGAAGGAUGAGGAAAUAUUUAAAUACUUGAUGUGUAUCUGUGAAUGCUUUUUUUUCAAGUUGAAAGAGUUUCUUUCUAAUUCGGUUACAAUCAUUGAAAACACUUUUUUGUUACUCAUUUGCUUCAGAAGAAGCAAACAAAAUUUUAUUUUCAUUGCUCUCAUAAAUUCACGAAAAAGAACACCCAUUUUUCAAAAAGAAAAAUAAUAAUAAAAUGAAUUUUGCCAAGAAAACGCCUGUGAGCGUUUAUUGAAAAAAAAGUGUGCGUGUGAGUGUACGUGCGAAAUCUCAGUUUUGUACGAAUAAAAAUGAUAGAAAGCGUGUCUCUACUAUAACCGAAAAUUGCAAAAAAAAUUAUGUAUUUAUUUUUUUUUUCAAAUUUAUAUUAUUGUUUCUUUAAAAGAAAAAUUAUUUAUAGUUGAUUAUUUUUUUUUAAAACUGAAUUAAUUAUUACAAUUGAUUGGAUCAAUUGAAAAUGUUUAUGAUUAUGAAACCAAAAAUAAUUUAAUAAUUAACAAAAAAAAAGAAGAAAAAAAGUCGAUUUAUUUGUGGCUUAAUUAAUACUCGUAUAUGCGACAAAGUCUCGGUGAUAUUAAUUAUUUGAAUUAGGAUAUGAAGCGAAAUAUUUUCGAUCACUAAUGCAAUUAGUGUAAUUGUAUACUCAGCUAAACAAAAAAGAAAACUUUGGCAUAGUUAUAUAAGUUAAUAUUAUCUCGUAGUAAUAAUGUGCACUGUAUAUCGGUAAUCGCUAGAACAAAAAAAAAAUGCCAGUUCUUAUUUUUCUUUAAAUUAAUUUCCAAAGUUUAUUUUAAUUCUCAAAAAAGCGAUAUUCAUUGAUUUCUUUUAAAAGUUUUUCAAUUUUUUUUCUCUUUAAUAAUGUAACUGCAGCAGAUUAUUUUUUUUUCUUGUCUUAUGGAUGUAAAUUCUGUUUUAGUUGGCGUAUACAUGUAUUGUUGAAGCGAGAAAUACUGAAUUGUAGCCAGUCAUUAUAUUUAUUUAUCGAAAAUCUAUCUCUAUUUUGCAAUGUACAUUUUUAUGCAAUAUUUGUAUCUAGUCAUUUAUAUAUUUUGAAUAUUUACUUUAUGUAAUGUUAUGAAAAUAUCUCUAUAUAAAGAUAGAAAGUUGUAAAA